GUGGGCAUGGCUAGACAUCAAUGUUUAUGUAGCCCCACUGUCCGUGUAUGUAACCGCACCAAGGACUCUGCAAUGUGAUUUCCUGACAUUGAUUUGUUUUCAUAUCAUUUCCCCGCUGACUUCGCCACAUUAUGCACCAGUCUUCGACAUGGGGAACCACUAGCGGGUGAAACACGGAAGAAGCCGAGGAAAAAGCCGGAAUGGCAGGCGCCUUUGGGUUCAAAGGCUGCCAGAAAAUUCGAGGUCCGCAGAUUAGAAAUCUGCUGGAGGCGAAGGACUUCUUUCUCUUCGACUGCGACGGGGUCAUAUGGCACGGAGAGAACGCGAUCACGGGCGCGGCGAAGGUGGUGAGCUCGCUGAUCAGGCAGGGCAAAAACGUAGUGUUCGUCACCAACAACUGCACCAGGCCCCGGGAGAAUUAUGUGCACAAGUUCUACCGGUUGGGCUUCACCGACGUGAUGCUGGAGCAAAUCUUCAGCUCGUCGUACUGCUCGGCUCUCUACCUGAGAGACGUCGUCAAGGUCCGCGGUCAGGUGUUCGUCAUGGGCUGCGACGGGCUGCGCAGAGAGCUGCAGGCGGCGGGCAUCCCCUGCGUGGAGGAGGCGGACGAUCCGGACGCCACCAUCUACGACUGCGCCCUGGCUCCGGACGUCAAGGCAGUGCUGGUGGGACAUGAUGAUAAACUGACUUUUCUCAAACUGGCCAAAGCUUCGUGCUACCUGAGGGACCCGGACUGCUUGUUCUUGGCUACCGACAACGACCCCUGGCACCCUCUGUCCGGUGGAAGGAUACUGCCAGGUUCUGGGUCCCUCACUGCAGCCCUGGAGGUGUCCUCAGGUCGGAAGGCUACUGUGAUCGGCAAGCCGAGUCGCUUCAUGUUCGAGUGCAUCUCCAGUCAGUUCCGAGGGGUAGACCCCGCCCAGUGCUUGAUGGUCGGGGACCGCCUGGAGACAGACAUGCUGUUCGGGUCCAACUGCGGCCUGGACACCAUGCUCACUCUCACCGGCGUGUCUCAGAUCGAGGAGGCCCAGGAGUACAGGAACAGCGAGCUGUCCACCAACCACAGCCUGGUGCCCGACUACGUGGUGGACACCAUCGCCGAUUUCUUGCCCGCUUUUGAGGAACUGGACGAACAGACCAAUUGACGAGUCCUUUUGCCUCCAAUACGGAGCGUAGAUUGCUUCUAUUACAUUUCAAGUGCAAUGUGUAGUCCAGCGUUUGCAAAAACAGUCCCAUCCACAGCUAUCAGAAGUGACAGGGAUACUGUAAAUGUUCCUAAAUAACACAGCGCUGUUUAUGUUGUAACCAGGACAGACUUAGGACAGAAUAUUCUACCCAAAAUAACCAGUAAAUUCAGUGCAUACCUCAGUGUUUUUCUUCUAGUGUUGUGCCCAUUUGUGACUUGACAGUUCCUUGUUGCUGUUAGUGUGUAUAUGAAUAUACUGCAUUCUGUUCAUAGGUUGUGUUUGAUAUUGGGUUUUGAACGCCCAGAGGUAUUUUUGUAAAACCAUGAAUGGUUCUGUAACGGCAUUCAUGUGUUUAGGAGCUGGUUGUUAACAUUUCUCGCUAAAAAGGCAGACAAGUACUUAAUGAUGCAGAGUUGUUUUCUCAUAUGUGUUUGCCUGGUUGUGUGGCUUCUCCUCGAUUUAAUUCAUGGCAAGAAAGGAGAAUAAAAACAAACUGUAAGCUUUUUCUCAGCUCUAGUAGAGACUAUACGACAAUCUGCCAGCCAGACAGGUGAAGUGUGUUUUCACUUUUGGCCUUUCUGUCAUGUCUGUACUACUUGUGCCAAAAUUAAUAUUCAUCUAAUCAAGUAACGAAACUGCUAACGGAGUCUCAUAGUUAGAAAAACCAGUAACACAUUCAUGGUGGCCAGUCAUACUGCACUGUUGUGAAAGUUCAAUGUUGUUAAUGUUUACCAUAUAGAGCAUGCCAGCAACAAUAACUACAAUAAAUACCUAAAAUUAAUUCUAAA